CCUAACGUCGUUAGACCAUCGCCGUUCCGUCGCGUCACGCUUCCUAUACAGCCGGUUGUCGCCGGUUAUUUUUUUAAUUUUUUUUUUUUUCACAACCGAAGGGUGUUUUUUUGGUUUUUGUCCGAGUAUACUUACAUAUGAAAAUAUCGUCAAAAAAAAAAAAAAAAAACGUUUUAGUGCAUUUUUCUGUUUGCGAUACACCCACGGUGGAUUUGACAGUGUGUCGAGAGAUAAUAUUAUUAUUGGCGUGCAAUAAUAGGCAACGCACCCUCGGGAGUACACAACAAUAAUUACUACUUAAGGCGCUGUGUUAAAGCGGAUAAUGAAUUUUAUGACAAUGAAGAUAGAAUAAUCAUUUUUUAAGGAUUAAAGGAGAAGAAGUGGCUACUGAAACUCAAGAGGAACUGAAAUCGCAGCUGGGCUGGAUGCGGAGUAGCCACGUCGGGGGCCGAUCGAUAUCCAUCGCUAAGUCGUGAAGGGGAAGCAUGUGGACGAGAGACAAAAGUGGUGGAGCUGCUACCGGUCGGUUGAACGCCAUGUGAUUAUGCGUUCGGACACCCCGCUGCUAUUGUUGGCCGUCGUGGCCGCCACAUUGGUGGCAGCGACGGCCUGUCCGUUGACGUGCACGUGCAAAUGGAAAGGCGGCAAGCAAACUGUGGAGUGCGUCAACAAGAGCCUGUCGACCAUACCGGACGGCAUCGACCCCGGCACGCAGGUGCUGGACAUGUCGGGCAACCCGGUGAAAUCGCUGCCCCAAGGUCGGUUCAUCACGGCCGGCUUGGCCAACUUGCAGAAAAUCUUCAUGGCCCGUUGCCGGAUCGCUUACGUGGACGACGGCGCAUUCCAGGGUCUGUCCAACAUGGUCGAACUGGACUUGUCCGACAACGGCAUCGCCGACAUACCGAGCAAGUCGUUCGACGACUAUCCCCUACUGAUGAAGCUCGUGUUCAGCGGCAACGCCAUCACCGUGGUCAGGACGGCCGCUUUCAGACGGCUGUCCUACCUGACCGUGUUGGAUCUGAGCCGGUGCCGGCUGGAGACGAUCGAGCCCGGAGCGUUCGACGGUUUGGCCAGCCUCGAGUGGCUGCGGCUCAACGACAACCGCAUAGUCCGGAUGGUUAGCGGUAGCGGUGGUUCGGUUUUACCGCUAUCGUUACACGGCAUCGAAAUACACCACAACCCGUGGGACUGCGACUGCCGCCUGCUGGACGUGCACCGUUGGCUGAACAACAACAGCGCGCCUCAUACCGUCGAGCCGUCGUGCCACUCGCCGGAACGGUUACGCGGCAUGGCAAUCAAGAAACUAGCCCGGGACGAAUUGGCUUGUACGCCGACGGCAAAGACGACGUCGGCCGCGUUCCAGGAAACGGAAACGGGCAAAAACUUGACGCUUUCGUGCCAACUGAGUCCCGCGGGCGUCACCGCCGCAAUCUCCUGGUGGUUCGAGGGACGGCCCCUGGGCAACGAAACGGCCUUGACGUCCACGGCGGACGAAACGGAGGAUUUAUUGAUCCCCGAAGUGACCGUCCGGCACAACGGAUCUUACUCUUGCGUGGCCGAAAACCGGGCGGGACGAACGACCUGUAACUUCACGGUGCGCGUCAUCCAGGGGCCCUCCGAAACGGUGGCCGGUUCUUAUUCUCCGUCGACUGCCGUUCCGAUGUUGACUGUGGGCAUAUUAGCGGGCGGAGCUCUGUGUUUCCUUAUUAUAGCCGUAGCCAGUAUAGUGGGCUGUCAAAUUAUGUGUUCGGGACGAAGGACGAGAACGGGUGGAAAGUCGAAUCCUUCUCCCGGCGCGAGUGCAACGCAAAACGGACAGGCUUCCAAAUCGACAUCGGACGUCAGACAAUCCGACUCGGUCAACCUGACUGUAUCGUCGACGGUAGAAGGCAAAAUGUCAUCGGUCGAGGACGUCAGCGCAUACGAGUACGAGGCCAACAGUCCGGCAUCGGCCGCUUACGAAGUUCACGAAGUCCUCCAAGUGAGCGGCUACGACAUGUACCAACCGGUAGCCGCCACACAAGGUAACACCACGUUGGAAGCAAACCCUGACCUCAUAAGCGACGCGUCUACCGUCGUCAAAGACAACGGCGACUACCACAACGACACCGCUCGCGAAGUGUACAAAUUAGUGGUACCGCCGCCGUCUGCGGUUAGUCGUGCAGAUUAUUGGUCGCCGGCCACGGUGUAUCCCAUGACCUCCGGCGGAGGAGGAUACGACCUGCAACAGUUAUCGCCUAGCAAACUCAUGGCCGGCGAGCCGUACCCGGCCGAUUACGGGUUACCCAAGUUGACGUUAGUCGCCGACGCCACGGCUUACCCGCCGGACUACGGUCUGCCCAGAAUGUCGGCGUACCCACCGCCGCCAGCGUUGUACCGGACACUGCCGCACCGUCGCAACGCUGCCAAACCGCAGGGUCGCACUUGUCAGGAAGCCGAAUUCGUUUUGGUACAACAACAUCAUCACCGCAAUCAUCGUCAUCAUCAUCACCAUCACGUGAGGUACGAGCCGCAGAACGUGCGGUACAACCAACAAGGCUAUCCGUACGUCGCAGCCGGUCCCGACGCGUUCUACGUGGCACCGACCGCGGGCGCGUACUACGAAUCUCAUCCGCCGUCUCUGUCGAACGCAUCCGCUCAAACCCUUGACGAAGAUAUGGAGCCGCAGUCGCAGCCGCCGCCGACGGCGACUCAACCUCCGCCGCCACCGACAUCGUCGCAAUCAAACUACAGACAACCGGAGCAACACAAAGCGGUGGCGUCCGUGCAAAAUCAACCGGCUAACUCGGAAAGCCCUGACGAAGGGUACGUGGGUGAAGGACCCGAUUCAUAGACCCGUUGAACGAGGUGUCCCCAUUUGUACAGUUAUGGGUGUUAUGUUUUUUUACUGUAGUUACCGCGUUAACGCCAUCAAAUCAAACGUAAUUUGUACGGCUGUAGAUAAUAUAUUUAUAUGUAUAACAUAAUAUAGCAAUUGAUAAAUCUUGUUUGGGAUAGAUUUAGCUGUAAAUAAUUUAGUUUACAACAAUUUGUAUGUCAUAACACCGUAGUAGGUACUGUGCGAAAUUAUUUCAUAAACUAUUAUUCAUUAAUUGUUAAUCCGUAACAAACAACAUCAAAACCCUCUCAAUUUCAGAUUAUUGUUUUUUUGUUUGUACGCGUUGCUUAUAUUAUUUAAAUUCAGUACCAAUAUUAGGUGUGCCGAUUGUGAGCAAUAGAAUAGAUCCCAAAUUAGUAGUAGUAGUCUUUGAACAAAACUCCAUAAAUAUUCAAAUCACAUAUUAAAUAAUAUACAGUAGCAUAUUUUAAAUAAUAAACUUCAAUAAUAACUGCCAAAUGGAGUAUGAAAUAAUGACAUUAUGUAGCUUACUCACCGAAACAUUAAUAACCCAAAAUUCAAAAAUGCUUUUUAAGUAAAUGAUAUUAAAAAAAAAAUCACCAAGUUCAAACAUUACGUUUUCCAUCAUAUUUUAGUUUUUACCUUGUUUUAUUCCGAGAUUUUUUUCUCUUUUGAAGUAUGUUGUUAUUAUAUAUACACACAUUUUUAAAAGCAUCGAGAUUCUUGCACAAUUUACUUUUCGUUGUAUAGAGAUAGGUUGAACUUCAAAGCAUUUAUAUUGAAAACAUAUUUUCGCUCUCUCGCGACCAUCUCGAAACAAACCAUUAUAAUAAUACGAAGAAAACGCUUUAAGCAUAUUUUCUGAGACGGCCCACGGCAUUAGCUCGGGUAAAGAAUAUAAUAUUUUAUUAUUAUUUCUUCUAUUUUUGCAAUUGUUAUUAUUUGCCGUUUAUAACGGUAAGAAUUCAAAAUAAAUAAACGGUUGGAAGAAGGAAAAAUCAAGACAAUCCAAUAUCAUAAUGUAAAAUUUCACCAAGACAACACAACCUCUAAAUACGGUGAAAUAUUUUCCGCGGUUUAAUGUAUAAUAUUUCUUUGGCCCAGACACGUCAAACAGAUUUCACGGGAUAAAACACUUAUCGACGUCCUUCCUGUUACGGUUGACGUUUUUGUAUAACGUCGACCUCCCUCGACAUGAUUUCCCAACGUUGUGUUCGAAUUAUCGUCAAUCCUAAACAUGUACACACGUUAUACUCCAUGACAACAACGCUGAACCGACUUAAGUCACGAUAACGAGGUUUAGUCCACAGCAACAAGCGCAAACAGUAUUGUUAUCAUACAGGGUGAUUUAUCGACGAUAAGACACUAGUCAUCCAUUAAAUUAAUUGCAUCAUUUUGCCAGUGUUCUUUUUGGAGACACUUGGGCAACGUUAUUCUUAAUUUAUACCCUGUAUACGAGUAAAUUACAGGAAUCAAAUACAUAUAAUGUUUACUCUCCAAAUUAAAGUUAGCCGAAUAAUUUCUUUUAGCUCAAUUGAAAGAUAGUUUUUGAUUAAAAUCUGACUGCAAAAACGAUUAGAGCGUUCCAGGUUUAGGAAAUAUGGCAAUAAUAAUAAAUUUAUGUAGUAAAAAUGGACGACGAAUGGAAGGAACACCUUACCGAUACAAGGAAUAACUGGAUUCAACAGAAAACUCAGUAUGUCAUAAUAUACUCCUUGCCAUUUGUCUAUGACUGGACAAUGAAGCUUCUACUAGUUUUACCAUAACCAAAACCGACGUUUAGGAUUUUUUUGACAAUUAUUCUUUGUAGUGUGAAUACAAAAUGGCGUUUUGAGGGAUAGUCAAACGGCGGUCUAAGGCAAAAAAACACACCAAAGAUUUCCAAUAUUUUUCGGACCAUUACCUACCGACGUAUCCGUGCGAAUGAUGUAACAAUAAAACGCUUAGUUGGGCAAAACUAUGCGAUGGCAGACAUAAUAAAAAAAAAAGUGCCCGGGGGCAUUCCACGGCAAACGGCUAGAAGUCCUUGUCACACAUUCCGGGGAACGGGAAUUUAAUUUCGACAGUCCUCCGCGGAGAGACCUAACCCGUGUUGAUUGUAAAUAACCUAACGGUUCGGCCCGACAAGACGGUGUUCUCGAGAUACAAAACAUUUCUGGAAACGCAUAAAAAUUCGACUUUUCCACCCUUAUUGGACCACCGAAAACAUAGGAAAAACUUAACUCACGCCCAUAGAUAUACAUUGAAAACUAUUGUAUAGAAUGCUCUCACCUCUUGUCGACAACCCAACCGUUGUCGCGUGUCGUCCAAGACGAAUAGUUUACCGUAAUAUUAAUAACCAAUUAUGAUUAGAAUAUACGUAUAAUAUUAUUAUUUUAUAGUACAAUAUUUCGAUGAUGAUAAUAAUAAGAAAAAAAAAUCAACGAUAUCACUAAAUAAGUAGAGACUAGAGUGAUAAUGUUAUUAUUGUAUAAUAUGAAACUAUAAUAUUAUCUCUAUCAUUGUUGUAUAUUGUUAUGAUAUUUUAUUAGUAUACGUCAAGCGGUCAAUCGCCGCGUAGGAACACUGUAUUUAAAAAAUAUUUUAUAGAAAUAGUCUAAACUCUAAAAUAUGAAUUUGUGUCUCGAUUGACCUGUUUUAUUAUUUUGUAAGCUGUAUGUAUAUUUUAUGAUUAUAAUAACUACACGGGUUAGUAUUAAUGAUCUAUUAUAGUGGUGUAUUCUGUAAUAAUAUUAAUAUACAUAGUGUAUAGCGUUUUGUACCAGAAAACAUGCCGAGUUAAUAAUCUACUUGUAUGUAAAUAUAU